UUGGACGUCUGGACUCUGCUGGAGGUCUCUCUCUCUCUCUCUCUCUUUCUUUCUUCAUCUACUAACACUAGUGUGCAUGCUGCGUAUUAUCAGUGGACAGUGUCACAUAUACCAGCUAGUGUGCUACCUAUAUAUUAUUUUAUUUUAUUAUUAUACACGAAUAUACCCCUGAUUCGUUUUUUCCUUCAUCUUCUUCUUCUUCGUCUGCUUUUUUUUAAACAACAACUCUUCAAAUUUCAUUUUAGUAGGUUGUAUUUUCAACUUACAAGAUUCAAGACUCCUGACUCUUAUAUCUUCGAUAGUAUUAAUAUUGAAAAAAGUUACAUUUUGCAUCCAACCUUAACAACAAUGUGAUCCGAUAUUUAAACAUAAUCUACCUGAGGAUAAGAAACUAUUUCGUGGGUAAAACGAUAAAACGAGGAGAAAAAUUAAUUUUUAUUUAAAAAUGAGUUUUCUCAAGUCACUUAAAUGCAAUACAGUUGUUCACUUAAUGUUCGCUAUAACAUUCUUCAUUUCUGGCUUGAUGAUUAAUUUUAUCCAGUGUUUAUUGUGGAUUAUACUCAGGCCCUAUUCUAAAUAUUUUUAUCGUAAAAUAAAUUACUACCUCUGUUAUUCAUUUUACUCAGAGUUAGUAUUUCUGGCUGAAUGGUGGUCAGGCACAGAUAUAAUAAUAUAUAUCAAUAAGGAUGAGUUUGACAAAUACUAUGGACAUGAACAUGGAUAUUUAUUAAUGAAUCACACCUAUGAAAUUGAUUGGCUGAUGGGAUGGGUGUUUUGCGAAAGGAUAAAAAUCCUUGGAAAUUGCAAAGCAUAUGCUAAAAAAUCAAUUCAAUAUAUUCCAACGCUUGGUUGGGCAUUUAAAUUCGCUGAGGAUGUUUUUCUCGAGAGAAGUUGGGAUAAGGAUAAAGAGAUCAUUGGCAGACAGAUCACGGAAUUGGGUGACUAUUCGGAUACAAUGUGGUUACUUCUCUAUGCAGAGGGUACACGUUUCACCCAGAAGAAACAUGCAGUGAGUGAGAAAUUUGCAAGUGAAAAAGGUUUGCCAGUAUUGAAACACCAUCUUACCCCACGUACAAAGGGCUUCACAGCGAGUUUACCAUUUUUACGAGGCAAAGUCAAUGCAAUUUAUGAUAUACAAUUGGGAUUCGAUUCAAAAGCAUCAGUGAAACCAACGAUGACAAAUUUAUUGAAAGGGGAGAAAUGUGAGGCACAUUUGUACAUUAAUCGUAUACCGCUGUCGGACGUCCCUGAGGGGGAAGAGGAAGCGGCAGCCUGGCUGCACAAACGGUAUCAGGAGAAAGAUCGAUUGGCAGACAGUUUUAUUAAUACUGGUGAUUUUUUCGAACAAAGUGGUGUAUCAAGACCAGAUAAAUUUCGACUAAAAAGACGAUAUUAUUCCCUAAUCAACACUUUCUUCUGGGCAGUAGUAGUUCUGGUUCCUAUGCUGUACUAUCUCGUUAGCCUGUUGUUAUCAGGUUCAACUUAUUACUUUGCUGCAGGAGUUUCUAUUAUAGUUUUGUUUUACAUACUGAUGAACCAAAUAAUUGGAAUGUCAGAAAUCAGUAAGAGCUCUUCAUAUGGUUCAGCGAAAAAAUAUAAAUGAAACAUUCAAUAGAGAUAUGCUCCGUAAACAUAUAAAUAUUUGGAAAAUAUGUUCAUAUACAUAGCGUAAAUAAUAUCGAUUAUUGACAGCUCGAUUAUUACAAUUGCAUAUAACAUCGAUUUGACAAGAUGUACAUUUAAGGGUUACCUAUGCAAUUAAUUUGUUGAGGUUGAUGGAAAAAAACAAAAAAACAAAAAGAAAAUAAAGAAAAUUGAUGCAGCCUCAUGAGAAUAUGUGAAUUCUUGCGGUAUUUUUAUAUAAGAAGAAUAAGCAUAUUAUUGCCAUCAUAACAAUUUCUUUAUAAUAAUUUGAGUUUCGAGCCUCAGUUAUUUUCUUUCUUUUCCUUUUCGUUGUGCGUAUUGAUUAAUAUUUUCUUGUUAUAUUCACAUACAAUAAUCGUUAUAUUGUUGAAUAAACGAAUCGAGAGAUGAUUCUUAAUAAUAAUAUAGCGUAAUAGAAUUGAAUUUAACGAUUAUUCGUUUUCAACUUAUUUUCAAACGGAAAUGAUUCAUAUCCAAUUGAUGGAUGCGACGUGUAAUAAACUUUUCGAAGUUUUCCUCUGGCAUCGUAAUAACCAUAAUAACCUGUCACUGUUCCAUUAUCGUGACGUUCUUCAUAACGAAAUUGCCUAUUAUUCCUAUUUCAAAAUAGGAGAUGAAAAAAAAUUUGAUUAAAAAACCAUUUAUGAACAGUGGAGUAAUGUAAUAUUUUCAAUAUUUUAAAGAUCACUGCCCAGUAGAACAGUGAUCAAAAUUUCGCAAUAAAUUGGAAAGCUUCAAAAUUAAAAUGAUAUGUUGUUGAGGACAUUAGGACAACUUCAUAUUUUUUGCAUUUGCAUUGUCGAAAAUUCAGUAAAAAAAAUAAAUAAAAAUAAAUAAAUAAUAACACAAACUUAA